AAGCAGAGUGCGUGACGUCAACACUUUGACUUUGUUCCUCUAUAUAUUUGGGUGCGAAUCGAGGGGUUUUCAUUUAGUGGGCAGAUCUGCCUUUAAACAACUCUCCAGUCUUAAUUUAGAAGAGUAAGUAUCUUGGAAAUCCUCGAGCAGGUACCAUUAUGUCACUUGGCCCCUUUCUGCUUGGUGCCGCGGUAACGUUAAUUCUAACGUCCGUGUGCUCUGCUGACAUCUGUGAUCUUGGCCCUCCGGGUCGGUUCUGUCUGAACUCGCUUGUGGGCUACCAUGAAUGUAUUUACAAUAGAAAUACAUCAAAGAUGGAGCACCAUAUUGUCACUUGCCCGUUUGGAACAAGGUGUUCCUGCAUGGGUAUUCCUUGCAAGACAAGCUCUCCAUGCCAGAAGUUUAUUCUCCCUCCAGUCAUGCCUCGCAGCUACAGAGCUGAAUACAACGAAAAGAAGACCAUUUGUUCACCAGCUGGAUGUAGGCCAACGUACAGUCGCUUUGCCAUCUACAGGGAUGCAUUGAACCAAAGGUACAAGGAGAUUCGAACUAUCUCGAAUAAGAACCCGACCUACGAGUACGAUAUCGUGUUGCCUAUCAGACGCUGGAAAUUUGCUAGGUACCGUAUUGUCCCAGGCACAAGGUCUUGCACUAAAACUAUCCUCUUUCGUUUCCCGCCAAAAAUCCAAGUCCCGGCAAAAUUCAGCUACAGCGGUCGUCGCUACGUGUACGGUGAAUACACAAAGAAGUGGGUUUGGAUGUCCGGUGGACGACACAGCGGUCAAGGGGUCAAUGUCCAGAUCUGGGACACUGCCCAGACAAUAGAUGGAACCCCGACAGUUGUGCAGUAUACGGUCAAUUACCCGGGAAGUCAGAUGUCUAGGACGAGCGUCAAAAUUGAUCGUUAUUACUAUAUGUUCAAGCCUGGUGUACCCUCGAGCAUCGAGUUCCAGCUUCCUACUUUUUGCCGUCGAUAAAAAUAGAAUACCUCAAUCAAGACUGACCGGAAUGGAAAAGUUAUUAGCAUGAUCAAGUGACCCUUACAGUCAACCUCUUGCCAAUCAAAGUUUAAAUCUUUCUUAUCAUUUUACGUCAUGACAGCCAUGUUGGUGUCAUGAGUUUAUAACACCAACAUGGCCGCCAUGUCAUAAGACUCUAUUUGGGAAUAUAUACUUGAAAACCAAUUAGAACGCUAAUGUAACUUAAAGGACUUUAAUCCGUGACACGAUGCCUUACCCUCCCCUCUCCCCCAAGCCAAUAGCGUCAACCUGGUUCCCAGGGCUCCCUCUCCUCUUAGAUGGCGAGGAUGCCCUGGGAACAGGGCUAAGUCAACUGAUCAUGGGAAUAGCUGUAGAAAACACACGCAAAUCAAUGAGCUAAAACAUCCCCAUUUGGGAGAUAGAGAGUAAGUUAAGUAACAAAAGCAGCGUUUCUGGUAAUAGUAGUUUUAAAUUCCAAGUUUAAUAACGAAAAAUAAAUAACAAAAAACAAAAACAAAAAAAA